AUGGACUACCUCCUAGAUGUUGACUCUGCCUAUCGGCUGUUUUACAGUCAAGGAGCUCAAGGUAAUGUAAUUUGAGGUGGUGAGUUACUGGGGUUAAUAAUAAUAAUAAUAAUAAUAAUAAUAAUAAUAAAUGUGUUAAGGUAAAGGCACUGUUGCCCCCUGGUGGAAGGCAUGAGGGGAAAUGGUAAAUUCCCUUCUUAUGGUAGAACAGGGGUAGGCAACCUAAGGCCCGGGGGCCGGAUGCGGCCCAAUCACCUUCUCAAUCCGGCCCGCGGACAGUCUGGGAAUCAGCGUGUUUUUACAUGAGUAGAAUGUGUCCUUUUAUUUAAAAUGCAUCUCUGGGGCCUGCCUGGUGUUUUUACAUGAGUAGAAUGUAUGCUUUUAUUUAAAAUGCAUCUCUGGGUUAUUUGUGGGGCAUAAGAGUUCAUGCAUAUAUAUUUUUUCAUAAUAUAGUCCGGCCUACCACAUGGUCUGAGGGAUGGAAAAAGCUUGCUGACCCCUGUGGUAGAACAAAUAUAGCUCAGCUGACUCAGGAAUGACUUUCCAAAGAAAGAAUAGCCCUGGCUUGGGUGGGGGUGGAGGCUGGGCAAGAGUGGCCAUUGGAGGGUGGAGGAGUCUGAGAUGAAGGUAACCAGUGGAUGGAAACUGUGUCUGUUUCUCUUGUUAUGGGAGGUGGCUUCAAUCUUCAAUGCACCUUUCAAGAUGCUAAUGGGGACACUACAAGAUUUGGUUAUUUAUUUAUUGCACUACUUUUCCUUCAAGGGGCUCCAGCACAGCUGGCUCUUCACACACACACACACACACACACACACACACUUCCAUUUUCUCUUCACAACAACCCUGUAAAGUAGAUUAGGCUGAGAGGCAGUGACUAGCUGCAGGUCACCCAAUGAAUGUCAUGCCUGUGUCUUCCCAGUCCUAGUCCAACACUUUCAAGCUUGUGUUCCCACAUGUUAUUGGACUACAACUCCCACCAUCCCUGACCACUGGUCCUGCUAACUAGGGAUGAUGGGAGUUGUAGUCCAACAACACUGGGGGACCCAAAGUUGAGGAAGGCUGCUCAAACCACUGUACCACAUUGGCUUUCUGCUGUAUGCUUUCGAAAGGUUAAAUAAAGCUAUUGGGAAGAGCAGAGUUAGAUCAGGGCUGGUGGAAUCAGGGGAGGGAGUGCAAUCCUUUCCCCACUUUGCCAUUAUCUUGACCUUACUUGACCUUGAAACAACUGUGGGGAGAAACAUACAGGUAUGCAUGAUGUUAAGUUCCUUUUCCUCCAACACUCUGGCCGGAAUUUAUUACUCUCUUCCCUUUUUCUCUCUCUCUCUCAUCUAUGCCCCGCUUUUAUUUUUAACAUACAGUGGUAUCUCGGGUUAAGUACUUAAUUCGUUCUAGAGGUCCGUUCUUAACCUGAAACUGUUCUUAACCUGGAGCACCACUUUAGCUAAUGGGGCCUCCUGCUGCCGCCAUGCCGCCGGAGCCCGAUUUCUGUUCUUAUCCUGAAGCAAAGUUCUUAACCUGAAGCACUAUUUCUGGGUUAGCGGAGUGUUUAACCUGAAGCGUAUGUAACCUGUGGUACCACUGUAUAUGAAAAGGAGAUCCUACCAUGGAUAUCAUCUUGUCGCCUCUCAUUUGGUCCAAGGAGCUGUGAAAAAUAUGGUGACAUCUCAAAGGGGCAGGGGACUGAAAAUGUAUUUGGCGUGCACCCAAAAUUAUGUCAGGAUGGCUGGUUUUCAUCCCCAUAGAUAAGACGCUGAGAUGUCUUGAGUAACCUUGAGCCUUUAAAGAGGAAAUUAUUGAGAAAUGCCCAGGCUCUAUGUGGUAGGAGGCUGCUGCAGGCGCCUGGCAUUUUCCAGUUACUGCCAUGCUUUUACGGAAAGGCACGAGGGCUCCUGGCACUUAUGUCAGCACAUGCCUUUCCCUUAAAGCCACCACCGAACCAUCGUCAGCAUCAUCACUGCACCUCAGGCCAAAAGCAUCCGGGGAUAUAAUAUCAUCAGGGAUUGAAAGAAGAUAGCAAAUGGGCUAUGCAUAACAAAUCAUUAUUGUUUUAUUGAUGGCUUGUGCCUUAAUGAAUGUCUUCUUUAUUGAAAAGAAGAUCGGAUUACACACACACACACAAUAACUUCCUAUUGUAUUUUGAUUUCCUCUCAGUACAAUUGCUGGAAAUGAAGUUGGUUGCAAUGGAAGGCUUUCAUCUGUGCCCACACAAUUUUGAAGUGCCACUGGGCACUUCAACAACAACAGCAACAACAAAAUUGCUUAAAGCUCAGUCCUACACAUGUAAAAUUGAAGAGCAAACUACACCCUACACCAAACACAUAAUUUGGGAUUUGGACUGCGGCGAGUGGCCAGGGUGGUGGUGGUAGUAAUUAUAUAUUUUAUUUAAAAUACUUAUAGCCAGUGCUUUUUAUGGGGGUACUGAAGGUACCAGCACCAUUUAAUAUCCAGGCAAAGUAUAUAUAGGGAAUUCAAAUAUUUAAGAUUCAGGUAGAUAGCCAUGUUGGUCUGAUGAAGUUGAAUAUAUACAGAUAGAUAGAUAGAUCUAGAUCUAGAUCUAGAUCUAGAUCUAGAUAUAAUGUCCAAUAGCACCUUAGAGACCAUUAGAGACCAAGAACAAACUUAGCUGGUCUCUAAGGUGCUACUGGACAAUUUUUUAUCAUAUAUAUAUAUAUAUAUAUCUCAAAUAUUUAAGUCCAAAGUCAUUUUAACUUUUUCCUCCAUGAAGUUAUCUGAAUGAAAAUUGCUCCUUACUUAGACCUUCAGGAGUGAACGUGCAUAGAAGAAAUCAGAUUAUUAUUAUUGUAUUAGUAAUGUACUGGGAAUAAUCUAGCUCUAUACAGUGGUACCUCGGGUUACAAACACCUCAGGUUACAAACAAUUCGGGUUACAGACUCCGCUAACCCGGAAGUAGUACCUCAGGUUAAGAACUUUACCUCAGGAUGAGAACAGAAAUUGUGCAGUGGCAGCGCAGCAGCGGGAGGCCCCAUUAGCUAAAGUGUUACCUCAGGUUUAUAACUGUUUCAGGUUAAGAACAGACCUCCAGAACGAAUUAAGUUCAUAACCAGAGGUACCACUGUACAUACGUUGGAUGCUCGAGUCCUCUGGUAGUAGACUCUACCACCACAAGUGGCAUUAUUACACUUUUGAAUGCUCCCUGACAUAAAUGAAUAAAUAUAUAAAACCACUUCCCUUUGUGAAGAAAUCAAAUACAAUAGAGAGAUUUCUCCUUGUUGUGCUAAUUUUCUCCUUGCAGGGAGCUUUCGUUUUUGUUGAGUUGUAAUGCAGGCAUAUUUUUAAAUGAUGUUCUGUUUGGAAGGGUUAUAAAGUACUUGACUGCCUCAGAACAUUCCCACCUCAUUCUGUGGCCUGUGUAAAUCCACCUCAGUCAAAAGAAGGGUGGCCUCAGUAAUAAAGAGUUUCUGCAUUAAUUGUGCAUGUGAACAGUACAUCAAUGUUCCAAGUGCCCACUUCCUUGGCAAAUGCUGAACCAAAAUUCUGAAUUCAUUCAUCGUUGUGCUAAUUUUGAAAUACCUACGCAAUCUUCCUAAUGUUGUCAGAGGGCCAGAACUGAAAAUAUUAUUUAUUCUUGAUUCCUGGAACUUGAUUCAAAGUCAUUUGGUGUGUUUCUGAUUUCACAGAGCUACCCCUCAAUGCAUUUCUUCAGUUCUGUCUCUCUUUGCACCAGCAGGUGGCAGAGUGAAUAAAACUGACUGCCUCUGCUUCUUGCUUAUUGACUUGUGCAAAUUCUAACUAUGCCCAAUGACUGCUUAAAGUAUACUGCAUGAAUUGAACAUCUUGUUUCAAACUGAUUAUGUGAAAUCAGUGGAUUAAAUAUUACAUUCAGUUUAAAACAGUUUGGGGACAUUGAGAAUUGUCUAAAUAAAGCAGGGGCCCCUGCUGUGUACCUCUUGCGCUUCUCUGGGAUGCAAGUGAACCCCUCUGUCUGGAAUGAUAUCCAGGUUACCUCCACUGUCAGAGGCCAUAUGCUGCUGAAUCCUAGUUACUGUGAAUUUCAGGAGGGGAGAGUGCUUUUGUGCUUCGGUCCUGCCUGCAGGUUUCCCCACAGGCAUCAGACUGGCCACUGGGAGAACAGAUUGCUAGAUUAGAUGGGCCAUUGCACUGGUCUAGCAGUUCCUCUGUUAAUGUGUUUAGAGGCCAUUGGGUAACAACCAAUAUAUACGAGUGCAAAAGCGGGAUCUAAACAUUAUGGGGGCUUACAAGUUUGUUAUUUAGAUUGGUAGACGUUUAAAUAGAUGGUGGAGGUUUUCAGCUUUCGUCAGGAACUGUAGCCUCUUGUUAUUAAGAAAGACAGUAUAAAGCUAUGCACCAGUGCAUGGUGUCACCAGAACUGAAAUCUAUUCAAGGCUCUGGAACUGGCUGCAAGCCAAUGGGCAAUCUAAGCUCAGCCGUAACUCUGGCCCUGUCAGUGGAUGGUCACUGGGCCAAUUAAGAGUUUCCCCAUCAUUGUUACAGUGCUAGCCUCGCUUGCUUUGUAGACAUUACACAGAAUCAUUUAUACAACCUGGUGGACUGGGAGGGACCUUCUACCAAAUCAUUAGAACAUGGGGACCUCUUUUUGAUCCACUGUAAGAUGACGUUUUCCCAAUCCUGGGGAUCGUGAGAUCUGUGCUAUCAGAAGGUUGGCUCAUAUACUGAAGGCUGAAGGCCAACACAAGAUGAACAAGUCACACAUUCCGAUCACAUAGAUUAUUUUUUCCCCUCUGACUCAUUGUAGUUCAGUUUUACUGUAUAGUGGUACCUCGGGUUACAUACACUUCAGGUUACAGACUCCGCUAACCCAGAAAUAGUGCCUCGGGUUAAGAACUUUGCUUCAGGAAAUCGUGCUCCAGCAGCAGGAGGCCCCAUUAGCUAAAGUGGUGCUUCAGGUUAAGAACAGUUUCAGGUUAAGAACGGACCUCCAGAACGAAUUAAGUACUUAACCUGAGGUACCACUGUAUCUCUUACAUGCCAUGGACCACCUUCUUCUUCUUCUUCUUCUUCUUCUUUGAGGUCUCAGGGUGGUUCACAGAAAAGAUAAACAUAAAAACCACAAUAUAUAUAAUAAAUAAUAAACUGAAUAGCACGCCCCCCCCAAAAAAGAGCCACAUUUUAAAAGGGCAUAGAAUGUCAAUCAGAUCCACCAAAGGCCUGGUUAAAAAGGAAGGCUUAGUGAUAGCCAUUUUUUAAAAAAUGUGUAUGUACAGCAUUAGGUUUAAGUUUUAUAUUUAUAUGAACUUAAACCUAAUAAACCUUAAAUUUAUGCCAAGGUGCCUCCUAAGCAGUUUACAAGUAUAAAAGAAGAUGCAAAAAAAUAAAAUAAACACACACAAUUAAAAUACACAAUAAACCAGUUCAUCAAAACAUGAAAAUCAACACCCACAGUUGACAUGCACAAUAAAACAGGCCCAUUAUUUCCAUGUUACUGCAUAACAGUCAAUAUACUUUACAUCCCCUUCACGUCCAGGCACUCCUCUGCUCCCGAUAAAUCAGAUUGCCGAAGUAUCCAGAUAAGGGGGAGUGAGGGUGACACAUUUCUCAGCCACGGGUCUCGCAUGAAUCAUUGCUGAGAAGCAGCAACUGUAACUGGGAAUGCUCAGGAUGAACCACAGGGGAAAAGAUGAAAAAGCCAAACUGGACUCGUGUGUGUUUGGUACACAUUGAAACACCAGGUAUAGCCAUCUCUUAGCCAUUUCUUAGAUACCCCCGCUAAAAUAGCUGUAACAAAUAAUUAUGGCAUUUUUAAUAGCAGCUCUUUGAGGAAGAGAAAGGAGUAGCCAGAAAGGGGUCUUCAGUGGCUUGCAGAAUUGCCUACCCUUUUUGGUAGGCAUUGAGAAUAAAUGGCAUAUGCUUUUACCAACCAUUUUCUACAAGGUAUUGCAAUGUGGGAACAUAAUUAAGAGGAAUUGGAAGCCUUUUCCUUCUGGUCAGUUCCAGGGAUAAUUUGUUUGUUCAUUUGCAUAUUCAAUUUCUCUCCUUCCCUGCCUCCCAAAGGAGACCGGCUCAACAAACAACAAAAUAGUAAAAGCAGCAACAAAAAACUUUUCUGAUAAAAAACAACAACAAUUAAGAACAUUCAAGAAAUCAAGCAUCACUCUCUGGCUUCCCAGCCUGUUUGUUUUCCACUUCUAGCUUCCAGCUCGCAUCACUCAGCUCUCUGAACUCUCAACUUUUUCUUUCUAACUACCAGCCAGUUGAGGGAGGGAGGUUCACCCAUUUGGUAUCUGGCACAGAUCCACUUCCUUUGAUCCCUUAAUAGCCCAUUACCUAGACUAUCACCUCACCAGGAAGCUAGCCUGGCUUAUAUUUUAAUACUUGCAUAUAUUCUUUACUGUUUGAAUAAAAGAUUCUGUACAUGACAGAUACAAAAUAAGACAAGGGACUGCCGUUUGAUUUUUCUCCCUAACCUACAGAUGCAAAGUAGCGUCCAAUUCAACUUCCCAUUUACAUGUGUGUAUAGUUGAGCAUUGAUUUAAAUUUGAGGCAAGGAAGUGGAUGGGAUCUAUUUAUUACAUUAUGUGUUUCAGGAACCUCAGAAUACUGACAGAUACAUAUUAUUUUGAAGGGACAUGUACAAAACAAACUGAUUUACAGUAUGCUGCUCUUUAUAGCCCCUAUAUUCUGUGGGACUUACUCUCAGGAAAAUGUGCAUAGGGUUGAAACUCAAUGGGGCUCAUGUCUGAGUAGAUAUACAUAGGAUGGCCCUAUUCAUUCACUAAUCUUCAUGCCAGAGGAAAGUCGAGGAAGGAAGCUCUCAUGGAAGAAAAUGAUAACAAAUUAUAAUACAAAUGCAGGUGAUUACUUAAUGAGCCAUUUUUCUGUCAUAGAUUUUUUUUAAAAAAACAAACCCCCUCAAUUAACAUUGUUAGUAUCCCAAUUAAAAUUAGUGAAUAGGUGUCCCCCAGAGACUUGUUUGUUCAAAAUGCACACUGGGAAGUCUGGAUCUGCCCUCCCCUCUUGAAAUUCUGGGGGAUUUUUUUUAAAACACAAAGAUAUGCACAUUUAUGGGUGUUGCCAGGUGGCUGAAAUUUCUUUCAACUACAGGCAUAAAAUGCAGAUUAUUCUUGAUACUCUUGAAGCUGAACAGCUGAAGGUUUUUGGUUUAUAGAUACGCAAGUCCAGAGAAAGUAAGCAAAAUCCCUUAGGCUGGAUUUCCUACCAGGAGAAAAUGCAGAGCUUUCACAAACUGGUAUUCUUGAAGAAAAUAUUUUGCUGGGCCAGAAAUCACAGGGACAGAUGCACUGUAAUUCUAAUUAUGAAAGAUUGUCAUUACCUAUUCUUGAAUUUUUAUUUUUAUUUUUACAAAAGUCCUUCUGCCAAAACAAACAAGAGCUGCAGCUUAAGCAUAGGAAUUUGUUUAGGAGCAGUGUAUAAAACCCUCUAAGAUUAUUGUUUUUUAAAAAUCCAACUUUUCUUGCUUGUGUGAGCCAUCUUUAUUGGAAUGUGGUAAGGGUACCAGUAGCAAUGAGGUCUCUCACAAGCUCCCCUGUUAUCACAGUGUAUGGAGAAGGCAAAAGGGUUGCUGGCAGCCUUUGGCUUUGCUGCUUAGAGGGACAGAACCAGAUGAGGAUCUUCGGAUAGCUGCAGGGCACAUGCUCGUAGUUUCAGUGCCAUUCAUAAGCAAGUCACCCUUAAACAUUCAUUUCCUAUAGAGAAAAAUUCAGAAAGAUGAAGGAUGCCUGAAAGUAGCCUUUGGUUCAAGGUCAUUUAGCACCUUGCCUGAAUGGGACUAAUAACACAGGUGUUGCUGCAAGGUUUGGCUUCAGCCAUUGCUACAUAUUUCAUAUCACGCUGGCUUCUCAGUCAUCAUAAUGAAGGAUUGAUGGUCAUAUUUCCAGAUACAAGGAACCAUGAAGAACAUAGGUCAUACUGCCAACUAAGUACCAUCCACACCAAUUCCUGGAGAGGCCAGGAAUUGAACCUGGAACCUCCUGUGUGCAAAGCACACUGAGCUAUGGCUCUUCUCCUCCCCAGAACAGAAUAUGGUGUUCAUUGGCUGAAUGAGCAGAGCGAGGAACACCUAAAGCCAUGUUUCCUCUCUGUAAGGUCUUGUAAAAAGGGUGCAUUUGUAUGCCUCACUUCCCAGAGUAUGGCCAGCAUAGGAGAAGGGCCAUAGCUCAGUGGUAGAGCAUCCACUUUACAUACCAAAGGUCCCAGGUACAGAUCUCCAGCAUCUUCAGGUAGGGCUAGGAGAGAACUCUGUCUGAAAACCGGGAGAGUUGUGGUCAGUCAAUGCAGAGCUAGACCCACCCAGGGUGUGACUAGGCAAGAGGCAGCUUCUCAUGUCCAUAGACAUAAGUGUUUGAUAAGGGUAGGCAACCAUUUGGUUUUUGGAUGGUCAAAAGCUUUAGUCCGAAUUCUGGAACCAUUCUCACAUGGUCCUUACCGCCCACUCCAGAACUUCACUAGGUGACCUUGGACAAGACAAGACACUCUCAGUCUUAACAUGUGCACACGCACACAUGCACAUAGCACAGUUUAGGAGUAAUAAUGCUAGUCUACCAUACAGGGUUGUGGAAAAUGUAUGGAAAGUGCUUUGAACACCUUGAAGCACUAUAUAAUCUUGUACUAGCUGUCUUGAGUUCCUUGAGUUGGAUAAAAAUGUGGUCACCCUAAGAGAUCAUGUAAAAAUGCAGAGAGUGUCUAAUCCUUAACAAGUAUGACCAGAGGUACUUAAUUUUUGGAUAAGAGCCUUAUCUUUGCCCUAUCCUUUUAUUUCUUUUUCUUUUUUUAAAGGCAUGUCUACUGUCAAUAUGUGUGCUAACAGCAGCUGUAUGAAGGGCUGGUGACUGCAUAAGCAAUUCCCUAGCAUCUUUUUUUCAUUAUCUCCUAAUUCAGCAUUAAAAAAAAAAAAAAAAGUUUGGCGCCUGUAUUUCAUUGCUCUCUCUGAACAACUCAAGACAUUUCCACCUGCUUCCUCCGCUGGGACAUUUGCCCAGGAAACCCGAAGCAACACACACACACAGAGGGAGAGAGCAAUACAACAAAGCACGCUAAACAUUGAUCUGCAAAUCUGCUGGGCUAGAGGUGGUCCAGCCCACUAAAGAGCCACCGUUCACCGUUGCAUCGAUGGCUUUAGAGGCGACCCCCAGGCUUCAUGCUUUGUUAGGCUCUGCAGGGUGCCACGUGGGGACUCUGGCUCUGCCCCUGGGGCUGCCAGGAGAGGGGUGGCAGGGCAGGGUUUCCAGCUCCACUCCAGUCCAUAGAUCCUUGACGGGUUUUCUUUUUCUCUUUUCCCCCUCCUCUCUUUCCUUCCUCCCUCCCUCUCUCUCUCUCCGUGUGUCCCUGCUCCUCUCUCUCUCUCUCUCUCCCCUCCCCCUUCCUAUGCGUGUGCGCCCUCCUCCUCCUCCUCCUUUCCACCCCUCUCUCUCCUCUUCCUCCCUCACCAGCUCGCCGGGCGACCCUGCUCACCGUACCCACAUUAAUGGCGGCAUCUUCCGAGGAGGACAUAGACCGGAGACCCAUCAGGAGAGUCCGGUCCAAGAGUGACACCCCUUACCUCGCGGAGGCCAGGAUCUCCUUCAACCUCGAGGCAGGUGAGUGGCGCCCACCUCGCCCAACCCCACCACCCGCUAGCCUCUCAUCCAAAGCCCUUCUUCUCCCCGGUGGAAACAUGAGGUUGCUAUUGCUGUACAUAUCUGCAACACAAUCUCUCUCUCACACACACACCGCUUUGUGUCUGCUGGGUGCAGAAGUGGCGGGGGGGGGGAGCCGCUGCAGGAAUGUGAAUCCCUGACAUGUCCUGGCUGUCACCCUCGCUUUUCUCCCCCACGAUCCCGCCCUUCCAAGGCGCUGGUGCAAUACGCGCGCACACACACACACACACACACGCGGCUGGAAACUGGGGAGGAGCGGGGGCGGGGGGCGGCGGCGAGGCGUCCAUCCCUAGACUUGUUUGGGUGACAGCGCCGGAUUCCCUGUCUGGAACUGGAGGCGAGGCGAGCAACGGUGACCUCGAAGUUGAGAAUGUGGAGUAG